CCCCCCUGUGGAAAAUCCUAGGUACGCUACUGCCUGCAGCUCUAUAUUAUUAGAUUUUCAUUUUUUUUUGCUGGGGGGUGGUUAUUAUGUAGAGAUGAACCCAAAUGAUAUGAGGCAAGAUUCAGUGUACAGCUCAAUAUGAUGCAUGUAAAGUGAUUUAUUAAACUUGAAAUAUCAAUUAAGAACUGGAAUGACGAAUGUUAUGAAUAUAAGAAAUCUAUUAAAUAUGCUAGUUCAUCACAACUUUAGCUGGGAGAUGACUGAUACUUUCUGUACAAGUGAUUUUGGUAUACGUGUACUGUCCAACUACAUUUAUAUGUUCAUUACAGGAAAAUUAUUAACUAAAUUGUUGGCUUUUUAUAACACCAUGGCCAAUAAUAGCAGUCCUGAGGGAAAACUUCGAGGACUCCCACCCUCUGCAUUCACCAAUCAACUUGUCGUACAGGUCUUACAGCAAAUAGAUAAAGAUUUUUCCUGGUCUGCAUUUGCUGAUAUCCUGAACGAGAAAUUUUCAACAAACAUCUCUAUCCCAACUCUACGCCUGUCAGUGAAUAGAUGCCAGCAGAAGUACAGGAAACUCCAAAAGAAUAGUAAAAAUAAAUGUGUAUUCAAUAACUUCUGUACCACCCAAUUCAACAUUCCCAAAAGAAAACCUACCCUUCCAACAGCCUCUCUUCAAGUACCUGCAACUCCAACAGUCCCUACUCUUCAUGUUUCUCGGCCAAAUCCAAGGAAUGAAGAUGUAAUGUUACUGAAGGAAAAAGUGUUCAACCUUGAACAACAGCUUAAAAAACAUCAGAAUGAAGUUGAAGAAUAUGCAUCAACAUUAGGUAGUGUCAGAGGGGGAAAGAGAAGGGUUCAAGAAACAAUUAAGAGACUGCAGAAGAGCAGAAACAGUUGGAAAAAGAAAUGUAAAAAAGCUCAAAAAAAGGUGAAAAACAAAGACACCAUGAUAAGCAAACUAAUGAUGAAGCUUAAGUGUGAACAAAGAAAGAAUUACAUGUUAAGGAAACAAGCACAUGAAGGAAGGAAGAAGAUAAGAGUAAUAAAAAACACAAGACUCAUCAACAAGCUGCAACGAGAAUUAGAUGAACUUAAACAAGACAUAGAAUGCAGGACGCGGAAACGUAGGAAAAUACCCACCAAACAAGGACAUUCCUUCACCCCCGAGAUAAGGGAGACUUCAUAUUAUCUACAGAACAUAGGGGUUUCGGAGGAAAAAGUCAGCAAAGCUAUGGAGAUUGUUGGUACAACUUUAUGUAAUGUCGAAUUUUCUGGCCCUCUACCAUCCCGCCAAACUCAGUCACAAUUCGCAUCAGAGAUGAAAAGUCUUGCUCGGCAACAAGUUAAUGAGGAACUCGGUGAUGAACACAACACAACAUUGAAGUACGAUGGAACAACUAAGAAAAGAGUUGGCCAUCUCGUUGAAUGCGAAGUUCAGUCAACCAAGAAUUGCUAUCUUGUAGGACUUAAGCAACAAGCUGGAGGGUCAAGCAGUGAUUACGUUAAUUCAAUAAAACAAUCAAUGUCACAAAUCAAUCCACAAGUAUUCAAGUCGGUAUCGAACACAAUGACUGAUAGAGCCACUGUUAACAAUUGUAUAGAUAGAAAACUUGAGGAAAUCAAUGAAACCAAAUUAAAUAGUUUUAGAUGUGGCAUGCAUCCACUCGACACCAUAGGGAAAGCUUGUGACAAGGUACUAGUACAACAAGAGAAAUAUUUCAGAGAACAGUUUAACAGGUUAUACAGAAAGAAAGGUGAGAGCUUAGUUACAUGUUUUGUGAGAAAGUUUACAGACCUCUUCCACAAUCAACAAACGGGAUGCUGCACUGAACUCGCGGCAUUCUUGAAAUCGGCAGGAUGCCCCAUCUAUUCCAUCCCGAGAUGGGUUGGAAACAGAUUCAAUAUUUUAUUUGACUGUUCUUCAUGUAUUUUAGUUAUGACACCCUAUAUUCACGAAUAUUUCACCAAAGUAAACAAACCCACAAAUGAUCUCCAAUCAGUAAUACUACAAUACAUCUCAUCACAACAGAUUCAAACCGCUCUCCAUGCACUAGCCACUGUAGGUAGAGUGAUAGCACAUCCAUGGAUGCGAAUGAUUAACGAUGCCACCAGCAUUCUUGAAACAAACAGGAGCUAUCAAGAAGCAGUAAACCAUUUUAGAGAGUGGCAGCUAGACCCUUCUGAUAUGUUGAACCCGAAUACAUCAGCUUUUCAUGAGUAUCCAUCUACUUCGGAAAGAUGCCUCCCCAAGCCUGGCAAUGACAUCAGAACAGAACUCCUAGGACUACUGUCAGGGAUGAUGGAAGCAUGUAUUGAAGUGAGCACCAGGCAGCUGGAAUCACAAUUGAUAGGAGGCAGAUUCUGGAAUCCAAGCAUGGAACUUGCUGCAGAAAGUGCAUCGUGUAGUUCUACAAAUAUCUCGGGUGAGAGGCAGUUUGGCAGAGCGGAUGCAAUGCUUCAUAGGGCCCCUAACAUUUCUGUGGGUAAGGUCGAAUCCAAACUGAUGUUUUCAUCAAAUGAUACAGCCUCCUGGCUACAAAAAUUUCCUGUAGAUGAAAGAGAAAACAAAAUAAUGAAUGCAAUGAAAAUGGGGAAAAAUGUGAGGCUAGAGGAGCAAAAACAAAAACAAAUUGUUGUAAAGUUAGUACAGGAGAGGAACAAAAUGAGGAGAAAGGAACUCACAGAAAAGGAAACAAAACAGAGAGACAAACUUGAGAACAUCAUAGAGGAGGUAAUCAGAGAGGGUCUCGUUAGGACAGCAGAUGGACUUACAGUAAUCAAAGACAAAUCGGUUACAAAACAAAAAAAGAUGCUCACAGCUCAAAUCAGAUUUUAUGAAUGUGUAAACAACAUCAAAUCCAAACAUGCAUUAUCGAAAUGCUGUGUAGAUGAACUCAAGUCCAUCCUAACACAAGAGAUUGAGAAGGAAUGUAUGCAUCCUACAGUUGUUGAGAUAAUGCAUAACCCUGAAGUCAUUCUAAAGAAAAUGUUCAAACAGAAAUGGGAAGAAGAGGAAAGUGGUGUAGAGAAAUGGUGGACUGGACAUAUUGAAAAAUACAAUGAAAGCGAAGAGGAAUACAGCAUAAUUUAUGAUGGUCAGGAAGAGACAAAUUACAUGACAAGAGCAGAAGUGGCAUGUGACCUGCUUUCUUCUGACUUUAUAUUUAUAUAGUAAACAUUAUACAUCUUACCAUCAUGUUUCCCAACCUGCAUGCAACGUUGAGACUAUUGGGAAGGAUACCGCUUUUUAUAUUCGUACUGUACAUGGAGGAGUCCAAUAAAGAUGAAGGUUUGUUGCAUUUCUGAUAAUACUGUUGUUGGUGCCAUUGGAUGCAGAAGAGCAAUCAAAUUUAGCCCUGAGAAAAAAAUACAACAGAAAGGUAAGUCGAAAUUUCUCACAUGUUUAAUAGUCUACUUUGAAUAUUGCCACAUAUUUUUUAUCCAUAGCCAAGUCAAUCUAGAAUGUCAGUUAAUGGGAGAAAUUGAUAUUGCAUUUUGAUUGGACAUAAUUUUAAAAAUAUAAAAAGAUAGUUUAGGAAGAAAAAUCAAGAAAACGUAAAUUGACAGAAUAAAAACAAUAUUCAUAAUUAUAACAAAAUUAAUAAAAAUUAAUGAUAAUAAAGUUGAAAUUUGUGGCAUUCAUCAGCCGAGUACGAUUGACUAGCUCCUUUAAAAAAAGUUCUGUAUAUGGCGUACUAUGGAUCUGUAAAAAUAUUUUAAAAUUGUGUGAAGUUUAAAGGAUUGAGCAUGCAUAGGAAAUCAUGUAAAGGCAAGGAUAUCAAGUGAGGAUUAGAAAAAAGGAAUUACAUCAUCCCCCACUCCCUAAAAAAAAAAAGACAUCAAUAGCUUGUCAAAACCAUAUCUUAUGUUUCUUGUCCUUUUUAAUGUUAUUGUUAGGGAUCAAGAGAAAGGAUGAAAGGGGUGGGUGCAUUCUUCUGUUUCAUACUUUCAAGCAUCAG